AUGCAAUUCUCCACCGCCGCCGCUGUUGCCACCGUCACCGCCGUUGUCGCUGCCACCAACACCACCACCGUCAACAAGGACUCCACCACCUUGGUGACCAUCACCUCUUGCGAGUCUCACGCUUGCUCCGAGUCUGUGUCCCCAGCUUUGGUGUCCACUGCCACCGUCACCAUCAACGACGUUGUCACCCAGUACACCACCUGGUGCCCAUUGACCUCCACCAGCGCCCCAGUCUCCAAGACCUCCACCGCUGCCCCAGCCCCAACUAACGGUACCAUGACUUCUCAGACCAAGUCUUCUACCGCUUCCGUCAGCUCCUACACUGGUGCUGCCGCCAAGGCUUUGCCAGCUGCUGGUGCUUUGGUUGCCGGUGCCGCCGCCUUGUUGUUGUAA